ACAAAAGAAAAUGAAAAACCCUAAACGCAGGAACCCGGAUGUCGUCCAUUCAUACGAUUAGCAGCUUUCUCCCAUCGAGAUUUUGUUCGAGGUUUUGCGGUAUCAUCUUCAGGGCUGCACAUUGAUUGGAAUUCAAAGUCCCGUGUUCGGUUCCGGGUUUUACUUCUUUUGCAAAUCAACCAGCAUUUUUAUGGAACACUGUUAAAGUAUCCCAGCUUCGGUCGAUCUCAUCUUUCUUGAUUGGACGAAUGGAUUUCAUAUUAGUUAUGCGUGCUAGAUUGGAUAUUUCAUUCAUUCCAUGAAGAGUAGAGAGUGGAAGCAAGAAUCAGUCACACAAUCUGAGGGACCGAACAGAAUACCUGGGUGUAAACGAGCAAGGAUUGUGAUUGAGAAUAUAUGGGAAGAUAGAGCAGAGCCCAGUGAUGGCGUGGGGCUGCAAAUGACCCUCUUGUUCUUCUCUAGCCGUGCCUACAGGUUUCGAGCCUCCAAUUUCUUCAUUGCCCAGUUUUACAGCAUUGCAGACGGAGUAUCCCGCGCUCGACCUUUUUGUGAUAGAGAGGUAAUCCGAAACCCGGAGGCUUGGUUAGUGAAGGUUGUUUGCACUCUCUUUUUUCGAUCGCAUUCCCUUAAUGCUUGCUUUGGUUAUCUAAGUAGAAACUUGAACCCUUCAAUCGCUUUCGAGGUUAUUAAGCGGUUUAGAGAUCCAUUAUUAGGUUUGAAGUUUUUUGAGUUUAGUAGAACACACCUGAGCAUUAACCAUACUUUUAAUACCUAUGAUUUGCUCGUGAGGAAUCUCUGUCAAAUGGGUCUCAACGAUUCUGCAAAAACUGUGUUCGAUUGCAUGAGGACUGAUGGGAUAUUGCCGGAUAGUUCCAUAGUAGAAAUUUUGGUGUCUUCAUACGCUCGAUUGGGGAAGUUAGAUGCUGCCAAAAAUUUUCUUGAUGAGAUUCACUGUUAUGGUAUUAAAGUGAGUCCUUUUGUAUACAAUAACUUUUUGAAUAUGUUGGUCAAGCAGAACCAAGUAGAUGAAGCUGUCUUGCUAUUCAGAGAGCACUUGGAACCAUAUUUUACUCCAGAUGUUUACACCUUCAAUAUACUAAUUAGAGGAUUGUGCAGAAUAGGAGAAACCGAUAAGGCGUUUGAGUAUUUACAGAAUAUGGAAAAUUUUGGUUGCUUUCCUGAUAUUGUUUCAUAUAAUACGCUUAUAAAUGGGUUUUGUAGAGUU